UGACUGAGAGAGUGAAAGAGAGAGUGAAAGAGGGAAGAGAAGAUAAGAGGAGGAAGGAGAAAUGGUGUCGUACGUGAAUCUGUUUCUGUACGGAGUGGGAGGGAUAGUGGUGGCAGGGAUGGCACUGUUGGUGGCGCUUCAGGAGAAGCUGGUUUAUGUACCCGUGCUGCCAGGGCUCUCCAAGUCUUACCCGAUCACCCCAGCUCGUCUCCGCCUUCAGUACGAGGAUGUCUGGUUAAGAUCCUCCGAUGGAAUUCGCCUUCAUGCUUGGUUCAUCAAGCUCUUCCCUGAUUGCACAGGUCCAACCAUUCUUUUUUUCCAAGAAAAUGCUGGGAAUAUUGCCCAUCGUCUUGAAAUGAUUCGUGUAAUGUUGCAGAGAUUGCAAUGCAAUGUCUUUAUGCUUUCUUACAGAGGUUAUGGAGAAAGUGAUGGCUACCCUUCCCAACUCGGAAUUACAAGGGAUGCUCAGGCUGCAUUGGAUCAUCUGACUCAACGAACUGACAUUGACACUUCUAGAAUAGUUGUUUUCGGAAGGUCACUAGGAGGAGCAGUUGGAGCUGUGCUUACCAAAAACAAUCCUGAUAAGGUUGCUGCUUUUAUAUUGGAGAACACUUUUACAUCUAUACUAGAUAUGGCUGGAGUUUUACUACCCUUCCUGAAGUGGUUCAUUGGAGGCAGUGGUUCUAAAGGCCCCAAGAUUCUCAAUUUUGUUGUUCGUUCACCAUGGAAUACAAUUGAUAUUAUUGGACAGAUCAAACAGCCAAUCCUCUUCCUUUCAGGAUUGCAAGAUGAGAUGGUUCCCCCAUUUCACAUGCAAAUGCUCUAUGCUAAAGCUGCCACACGUAACAGGCAGUGUGUGUUUGUUGAAUUUCCAACUGGCAUGCACAUGGACACAUGGCUUGCUGGGGGGGACCAUUAUUGGAGGUCAGUUCAGUUGUUCUUGGAACAAAAUGUCCCUGAGGAUAAGGAAAGGACUCACCACAAUGAAAACGAUACGGAAGGAAGGUGACAGAAGCUAUUAACUCAAACUCUGGUGCAGAAGUAGUAUGCCAGAGGGCUCUAAUCAUUUUUUUACCUGGUUAUGAAGCUGCAGCAUUUGAAUGCGCUUUCAGAGAAGUUGCUGCCGGUCAAUAGACAAUGCACCACAGGUUCUAUUG